ACCUUUGGAUAUUUAUUUUGUAAACUGACAAACGGGAAGAAAUGAGAAGGUCGAUUCAGUAACUAGGUUUGGCCUAGUUAACAAUUAACUGAUUUACUCAUUGCAAGAGGAAUUCUUUAACUUAUAACAGAAGGAAGUAAAAACAAAUAGUUAAGUUGAUAGAACUAAUGACUGAAAACAACGAGAAGCCCGAUGAAGGCCUAGGCCUAGCCCCGGUGGAUUCUUCAGCAACAAGUUGGUCGUCGGACACUACCAACAGUACGCAGAAUAGUUGGACCAAACAGAACUUCGCUCAAGUGCUUUUGACAUUGCAGGCUAGGUUAUUAAAUAGAUUUAACGAUUUUCCUCCUGUAACGGAAGAAGAAAUUGUAAAACAAAGUAAAGCUAUAUGUAGAGAUUAUAUUUACUCUAAAUUAAAAGCACUCAAACUUGUGCAUAAAGAGAUUCAUCAUGACGGAAAGUGUAGCGAUAUAUCACGGGAGUUGAUCCAAGUAGCUCAAGAGUAUGAAUUGAUGUAUCCGAAUCUAUUUGCCGAUGUAUGCAACUAUUUAAGAAUGAACUUCGAAUAUGAAGACCAUGUGCAGGGAGUUUUUAAUGUUGUAGCCUCUGAGAUUAUUGGUAGGGGGAUCAGCUGGGCUAGGAUCAUAGCCUUGUUUGCUUUCACAGCAACAUUGGCUGUUGACUGCAUUCAACAGGAGAACACACGAUUUGCUAACUUGGUUGUAGACUGCAUGCAAAAGUUCACGAAAAAAAGGCUUGCUCCUUGGAUACUUCAACGAGGAGGAUGGCUUGGUAUGGUCCAUUAUCUGCAUAACAAUCACAUUAUUCAACCAAAGAUGUGGAAGGUACGUUGCAUUGCCUCUGCCGUUGGCUUCGUGGCUACAACAGCAAUAACGAUUCUUGAAACAAUCGCCGCAGCAGUGAUAGGAGGUGAUGAUCAGAUAUUGAAUUGACGAAAGGUUUAGACUACGGUCUUAAAUUCUCUACCAUGGAAUUAGACGAUGCAAUAAUCUCUGUUAAUCUGAUUUUUGUGGAUAUUGAUAUCCAAACAUUACAAGGAAAAUUCAAUAAAGCAAUUUUUUAUGACUGUCAGUUGUACAUGAUUUACAUCCACACGUCAAAUUAUUUUUUACAGAUUUUUUAGAUUUUUAGUAUUGCAUGAAAAUGCACUGCUGAAUAAUGUUUUCCAUAGAUGAAUGCAAGUCAAUACCCAAUUCUAUUAAAUUAUUUUGUAUCAGUAAUUAGUUUAAGUUCAAGGUAAAUUGUUUCUUAAAAUCACUUUCUUAACCAACUCAAUGUCUUUCAGGUGGUAGAUAAUGUGUUCCUCACUCGUUCUAAGACCUUUAAUUGUAUGUAACUUGUCAUCAGUUUUGGUUUAGCUGUGUUUCUCCAACUAUUCAGUGUAUUGUUCCACAGGCAAUAUCAGUGUUGUGUUGUUUUAAAUUAAAGUCCUUUUAUUAAUGUCGAACAGUUUAUGUAACUGCCAAUAUUGUGGGGACUCAAAUAAAAGAAAGUGUAUAAACAUAAAAAAACAUUGAACCAAUACUGUAUGUUUGUUUUUGCCCAUUCUUAAUAUGCUCACUGUAGCAAACAAUAUGUGUUUAUAUUUUUAUUUAUGUCAAUUUCUGAGAUUUAUUAUUCAUACAUUAAUUUAAAUGUGUACAGUGCUAUUCCUGAGAAAAAGCAAACAAAAUUCCAAUAAUCUGUCUUUACCAAUGAAAUCUGUCAUACAUUUCUAUUGACAUCCCUUCCAAGGUCGAAAUGAAUCGAAGAUCAUACAUUUAAAUAUAUAGGUAUUUAUGCGGAAUCCCCUUUGAUGAAGAGGAUUGCGUUGCAGACAAUUUUUGAAUACUACAGUACAGAUGAUUAAUGAGUUAAGGAGUGAUAUAUGCCAAAGAUUAUCUGAGCAUCAGUCAACCUUAAUUCAGAUUAUGAGAACAGAAGAAUCGUUUCUUUCAUUCGCAUUUCUCGUGUGUCAUUAACCUCCCUUGAGUAUAAUUUAAAUUCCUCCGUGAUUGUCUUUUUUUUCCAUCUUGACCAUGAAUUUCCAUAACUUUUUUUUUUGAAUUUUCUGUUUCUAUUUAAUUUAGUGUUGCAUAUUCAAGUUCAGCAAUUUACAAAACCUGAAGAUGUACUGUAUUUAACUCUAACAUGAUAUACUAAAUAUAUUCUGAUGUAGAAAAACCUACUAGAAGGGUAUUGUUAUCAGUGUUGUGGGCAAAGAUUAAAAGCUUUCAUAUUUUUAAUCACAAUUUACAUGUACACAUGCAGGCCUAUGCCACAGGUGAAUAAAGUGUAAAGAGUCUUUAGGGGCAUAUUCUCUGUCUAGCAUUUAAUUUUUUUACAUAAAAUAAUUUAUACUGUCAUUGUAAAUUUUGGUGCCACACCACUCAAGGAAAUUAAAACAAUAUCUGCCUCUGAUUGUGUCCCCCAAGGUUUUUUACUCUGCCACACCUAAUAAGGAGAAUCUAAAAUAGUGCAGCCAUAAUGGUUCACUGUAUGUAUAUAAAUUGGUAUAGUUUUUUUUUUUAAAUAUGGUAGUACUACAGUAUACAGUUGUUUCAACUACAAUAUGUAUACUGUAUUUUACUGAGCGCCUAUCCUUACCUAGAUAUCUUUCUAAUUUUGGGAAAUGCUGUUUUGUGCAGCAGUCUGCAUUCUGGCAAACUGCUGCAUAAAACUGGCGUAGUCACUCGCGUAUUUCAAAUCUCUCAGGUUGGUUAACUAUAUAAAUAUAUUAUAACAUUAUUAAAUAAUCAUUAUCUUCAAAAAAUUCCAUUUAAAUUUUUUUUUUGUAAAAGCUGUAUGUAUUAUGAAACAGAACUGUUCUUGCUCGGAACAUUUUGAUCUCUAUCUACUGAUUAGUUCGUUGAUAAAGAUCUCUGUAGAGAUCGAAAGUUCUGAGUUCAUCAUUAUUUAAAUAUUAUUAUUAAUUCAUUGAAGAAUUUAAUCUGGUUCUGUAAAAUUAUAGCUGGAUUACUUUUUCAUUUUUAUUAGAACCAACAGAGAUAAUAAUAAUAAUAAAUAUUACCUCAGUGACGUUUCUGGUCAAAUCAGGUACCUUUCCUCAGACUGAUUACAUGUUGGGAUUGGUCUUAUCCCGGUGUUGAUGCUUAGUUACGCCCUCUAACGUCCGGUGUUUGACGUAGCAUGUUCCCCUCGGCCCCCUGCCUUUGCUUUCUUGAUUUAGUUGUCAUAAAUGUACAAAAGUUUAUACCCCCCUAUAUCUCUGUUCAUGUUUUUAGGUUGUUUUCUUAUGAAAAUGGCUUCUUUUAUUUUCCUUUUUUCUUCACUUUCUUUUUCCAAAAUUUUAACAUCCCAAUUGGUAACAUGAUUAAACUGGACCAUGUGGUUGGUUAUUGCGGGUUUAUGUGGCACAUUCAACACAGACGAUCUUGCUGUUCUGGUUUUAACUCCAGUACUGAAUGAUGUCACAUCUUUUUUGUGCUCACUGAUCCGUUUACUAAGCGUUCUUCCCGUCUCGCCAAUAUAUACAUUAUCACAGUUCAAACAUGAUACCUCAUAAUAAACAUCAACACCGGGAUAAGACCAAUCCCAACAUGUAAUUAGUCUGAGGAAAGGUACCUGAUUGGACCAGAAACGUCACUGAGGUAAUAUUUUUUAUUAUUAUUAACUCUGUUGGUUCUAAUAAAAAUGAAAAAAUAAGCCAGCUAUUAUUAUUAAUAUCAUGGAUUUAAAUAUUGUUACUAAGGCUGUAAAUUAGUCAUUGACUGUACUGUAUAUUGGAAAUAUUAUAAUACUGUAGCUGAUAUAUUUCUGAAGAAAAAGAUGUGUAUGUGUAAAGUUCGUCAACAAGAAUACUUAAAAUGUCUCUUCAGUACUCAAAAAAGAAAUGUUUUGAUGUAUACUCAAAUUAUUCCUUACUUUUUUUUUUUAGUUAUUAGCUUUCAAUGGAAAAAGAGAUGUAUAUUUUUUUUCCCAUUUCAUUUCUUUAGGCAUGAGCGCCAAGAAUAUGCCAAUAAGUGAAAUUAAUCACUUAACCCCCUACGGUACUGGGUUCUUUAAAGUGCACACGAUCCAAAUGCGUACACUUAUCCGAGAAGACUUGUUCCACCACCGGAACCAUUGGCGAGUGAGCCGUUCUCAACCAGCGCCGAUAUUAGAGCUGAAGGUUACGGUGCCCCUGACUUAACCGCUCUGCCAAUCAAACCUAUUGGCAAUAUUACUGCUGCUAUAUUUGCUUGCAUUGUUAAUUUGGCUGGUUAAUCACUGUAAGGAUUUUCAUAGCAUGACGCUGUGAACCAGUGUCUAUGCAACUUGAAAGCUCGUUCCUCCCUUUAAAUGUGCAAUCCAAUGUUUUAAUUGAAUUUUGAAGGGGUUUGUAGCACAUAUAUGAAUUUUUAAAUGUUUCCGAUGAAUACAUUGAUGUUUGUCUAGGUGUAAUUUUUGGCAUUUAAACGUCAACAUAACUCAUUCCACAACAGAAGGUGUAAUACAAGUGACUUGCAUGGCAUGGAUUAAUGAGAAUUAUCAGUAUGCUCAUCCAAGCAAGAUGAACAUAUAGCAAUUAGUUCCUAGCUUGAUGAAAAGAUUUAUACCUCGGGCCUGCCCGAUACAUUCCCGAGAUGUUUAGAAUAGAAUGCCUGCCCUGGAGGCGUGGUACCAACAUAUUUGCUUACGUGGAUAAAGCAACAAUGUCUGAUUACAUGACGUCAUAAUAAUAAAUUUUAGUUGAUUAAAUA